AUGCUGCGAAUUCAGCAGACGUUUUGUCUCUUGGCAGCCGUUUUCGCCACAGCGAGCCUUGCGGUGCCGCAGCUCUCGUUUUCCCUGGACGCUCGGCCCAAAAAUCACGGCAAGGGCCGCAACUUUGCAAGCGACUGGCUGGCCGCCCAUAAUCGAUGGGGAAACGAGGUGGCGAGGGGGGCAAGCUUUGCUGCCCUUGCUGAGGGAGAGGGCACGGUAUAUGCGAACCCCAUGAUAAACGAUGAGGCCUACAUCACGGAAGUCGAGAUCGGAACGCCGCCUCAAAAGUUAAAGUUGAUUUUGGAUACCGGCUCUUCAGACGUUUGGGUCCAAUCCACCGAUACGGUUUACCGGGUCAACAGCAAGGGUCCAUGGGCGCCGAAAUACAAACCGGAGUUGUCCAAGACUGCGGAACGGUUGGACGAGGCUGUGUGGAGUGUGGAAUACUUGGAUGGAACAGCUGCGACGGGCAUCGUGUACCGCGACACCAUUCGCCUGGGCGGCUUCCAGCUUCACAACGCCACCAUCGAGUCUGCGCAAAUCAUGGCGCCGCGCUUCGAGACGGAAGCCGGCAUCAGCGGCAUCAUGGGCCUGGCAAAGCGGCUCCCCAACAACAUCAUGCCGCCGUCGCCGUCCUUUCUGUCCAUCCUGUGGCCGCGGUUGAAAAAGCCCGUCUUCACGGUCGACCUACGGAGGAACGCCUCUAGCCGCUUCACCUUUGGAUACAUCAACGACUCCGUGGCCUCGGGGGAAAUGACGUGGCUGGCCUCCAGUCCGGACAGCCCGCACUGGGAUAUCCAGCUCGAGCUGACGGCAUGGCGCGGCGCGCACCCCACGUGGAUGUACCACCGGUUCCAGGCGACGGUGGACACGGGAACGUCGCUCUUGUUCCUGCCCGACGCCCUGGCCAGCAGGUACUGGAUGUCCGUUCCCGGCGCGCGAACCGCGCCCUUCAUGCUGUCGGGCACCUACAUGUUCCCGUGUCAAGGAGCCCCAGCCCUGCCCGACCUGCUGUUCAAGCUCCCCAGGACGGAGCACGUCAUCCGCAUCCCGGGCCCGUAUCUCAACUACGGCCCGGUGGAGGGCGAUUCCUCGUUUUGCUGGGGCGGCAUGCAGAGCGCCGUGGACAUGAACGUGACGGUUUUGGGGGACGUGAUGCUCAAGGCCGUGUUUGUGGCGUUUGAUGUCGAGGGCAACAGGAUUGGCUUGGCCAACAAGCUGCUCCACGAUGCGUAG